AUGAAAUCGUCUGUUAUGGACAGAUUUUGUGGAUCGACUUUUUGGGCUGGUGUAUCUAUACUAAGUAUCUUAUCAAUAUGCGAUAUUGCGUAUGCAAUAAUUCGAUAUUCAUCAGGGAUGGAUGUAUUUAGUGUAGAUAUUUUUACACCACUUGUAAAACUAAUAACAUUUAUAUUUGUCAUAGCUUUAAUUAGUGCAAAUCGAGCUAGAGGAUUAAAGUCAUCUGGAUUAAUAUUUUUGUUUUGGUUAAUCAUGGCAUUUUGUGGGAUGUUUCAAUAUCGAACCGAACUCCGAUUAUCAUUUAAUGAUAUUUCAUUUCAUAGUUACCCAUUUAUAAGUUACAUGGUAUACUAUCCAUUAAUCCUAAUGGAGUUUGUUUUAUGUUUCUUUGCUGAUGCUUCCCCCAGGCUAUCUAACUAUGGCUUCGUCCAAGUACCAUGCCCUGAAAUGAAAGCAUCAUUCCCAUCAAAGCUAUUUUAUUUAUGGUAUGAAUCAUUUGCUUGGUCUGGUUAUAAACGCCCCAUAAAAACCUACGAUUUAUGGAGUAUGAACCAUAAUGAUUGCUCAAAAGUAGUAGUUUCAGUUUUUAAUAAACACUGGGAAAAUUCAUUAAUUAAAGCAAAAUUAAAAAAUAGUAAAAAUGUAGCUACUAUUAAAAAUAAACUUGAUGCGAGUAUAAUGAAAUCUUUACCUGCAAAUUAUUCACAUCAAAACCAAUACAAUGUAUCAAUACUUUCUGUUUUGUGUAAAUCAUUUGGGAGUACAUUUUUGUUCGGAUCAUUUUUAAAGUUAAUUGUAGAUUGUUUAAUUUUUGUCAGCCCUCAAGUAUUAAGGCAUUUGAUAAGUUUCGUUAGACAUUCGAACGAGCCUUUAUGGAGAGGAUAUUUUUAUAUUUUUCUCAUGACGCUAACAGCAAUUUUGCAAACAUUAAUAUUAUCUCAGUACUUUCAUCGUAUGUAUCUCGUUGGUAUGCGUGUUCGUACUGCACUUACUUCUGCCAUUUAUCGAAAGGCUUUAAGAAUUUCAAACACGGCCAGAAAAUCAUUCACGACUGGUGAAAUAGUUAAUUUAAUGGCAGUAGACGCGCAUAGAUUUAUUGAUGUUAUAACUUAUUUGAAUUUGAUUUGGUCUGCACCAUUCCAAAUUGCUUUCGCAGUGUACUUUUUGUGGCAGCUAUUAGGACCCAGUGUACUUGCCGGGCUAUUUUUUAUGAUAGUAUUAAUACCAAUUAACAGUGCUGUGGCUACUAAAUCCAAAAAUCUUCAAGUCAUACAAAUGAAAAACAAAGACGAUAGAGCUAAAUUGAUGAAUGAGAUUUUGUCCGGAAUAAAAGUUCUUAAACUAUAUGCUUGGGAACCAAGUUUUGAACAAAAAGUGUUGGAUAUACGAGGAAAAGAAAUCAAAGUUCUUCGUAGUGCAGCUUAUUUGAAUGCAGUUUCUACAUUUAUUUGGUCUUGUGCACCAUUUCUGGUAUCAUUAGCAACUUUUGCAACGUAUAUAUUCUCUGACGAUAAACAUGUGUUGGAUGCAGAGACAAUUUUUGUUUCUUUAUCUUUAUUCAACAUUUUACGUUUUCCAUUAACCAUGUUACCAACGUUGGUGUCAAAUUUAGUUCAAUCAAAUGUAUCUGUAAAGCGAAUAAAUAAAUUUAUGAACUCAGAAGAGUUGGAUCCAAACUCAGUUACUCAUGAUUCUGGUGAAAGGGAUCCUCUUGUAAUUGAAAAUGGAACAUUCACUUGGGGUGAACCAACUGAUGCACCAACAUUAUUAGACAUAAAUUUACGAGUUUCAUCUGGACAAUUGGUUGCUGUUAUGGGUACAGUUGGUUCUGGAAAGAGUUCUUUAGUGUCAGCUUUUCUCGGUGAAAUGGAUAAGGUUUCUGGCAGAGUUAACACUAAAGGAUCUAUAGCAUAUGUACCACAGCAAGCAUGGGUACUGAACACAUCACUUAAGGAUAAUAUAUUGUUUGGUCAAACAUUUAAUGAUGGCGCUUAUAAAAAGGUCAUUGAUGCAUGUGCAUUGAAAGCUGACUUCCAAAUGCUUCCAGCAGGUGACGACACAGAAAUUGGUGAAAAGGGAAUUAAUUUAAGUGGAGGUCAAAAACAAAGAGUAAGUUUGGCAAGAGCAGUUUAUAAAGAGAGUGACAUUUAUUUUUUGGACGAUCCAUUAAGUGCUGUCGAUUCACAUGUCGGUAAACAUAUUUUUGAGCAUGUUAUUGGACCUAAGGGGUUGUUACAAAAUAAAACACGAGUUUUGGUCACUCAUGCUAUUACAUAUCUCAGAGAAGUUGAUUUAAUUGUGGUAAUGAAAGAUGGCCAAGUAUCUGAGUCUGGCACAUAUAAAGGAUUGCUAGACAAAAAAGGAGAUUUCGCCGAUUUCUUAAUAUCGCACAUACAAGAACAAAAUGAUUAUGAAGUUGAUGAAAUAGAAAUGAAUAUUUUAUUAGAAGACGCAUCUCCAGGUAUAAAAGAAAAAUAUUCUCGUCAGAGAAGUGAAUCCAAUUCGAUUUAUUCAAUGCAAAGGCAAAUAUCUACUGAUUCAAAGAAUCCAAUUCCUCGACCUGCUGUGGAACAGAAAUCUAAACUCAUUGAAUUAGAGAAAGCAGAAACCGGCAAUGUCAAAUGGGAUAUUUACAUUCAGUAUAUUAAGUCAAUUGGACCUAUUUUUUGUAUAAUUUCAGUAUUUCUAGCUAUUGUAUCUCAAGGAUUUUCUAUUUUAUCGAACAUCUGGCUAUCUGUAUGGUCUAAUGACGAUAGUUCACUUAUUACUGGUAAAACAGAAAAUUAUAGUAAAAGGCUAAUUCACAUAACAGUUUACGGACUACUUGGCGUUGGCCAAGUUUUUUCAUCGUUAGCCUCAUCAAUAGCGUUAUCGUUUGGUACAUUACUUGCUGCUGAGAAGUUAUACAAAUUGAUCAAUGCACGGAUUUUUAAAAAUCCACUAAGCCUGUUUGAUACAACUCCUAUCGGACGAAUAUUAAACAGAGUAUCUAAAGACAUUGAUACCAUUGAUAAUGUAUUGCCAUUAAUGAUAUCAUCAUUUCUAACUGUCACAGUUUCGGUUAUURGUACUUUGAUCGUUAUCAGUUAUAGUACACCCAUAUUUGCAGCGGUGAUUAUUCCUAUUGCUAUAAUUUAUUGCAUCAUACAGAGAUUUUACGUUGCCACAUCGCGUCAGCUAAAAAGACUCGAGUCUGUUUCUCGUUCUCCAAUUUAUUCGCAUUUUAGUGAAACAAUUGCAGGAGCUACAUCGAUUCGUGCUUAUGGUUUAAAAUCUAAAUUUACACUUCAAUCUGAUCAAAAAGUAGAUUUCAAUCAGAUGUGCUAUUAUCCUAAUAUCGUGGCCAAUAGAUGGUUAGCUGUAAGGUUAGAAACAAUUGGUAGUUUUAUUAUUUUAUUUUCGUCGAUGUUCUCAGUAUUGGGAAGAGAUACAUUGAGUCCAGGGAUUGUUGGUUUGUCUAUCAGUUACGCUCUACAGAUCACACAAAUACUCAAUUGGUUGGUUAGAAUGACUUCUGAAGUUGAAACUAAUAUUGUAGCUGUGGAACGUAUUAAAGAAUAUGGAGAAACACCUCAAGAAGCAUCAUGGGACGUACCAUCUAAUUUGCCACCCAAAGAAUGGCCAACAAGAGGAGAAGUUCAAUUUAAAAAUCUUAAAGUUCGUUAUCGUGAAGGAUUAGACUUGGCAUUGAAAGGCUUAGAUAUUUUAGUAGAAGGAGGUCAGAAGGUGGGAAUUGUUGGACGUACCGGAGCGGGUAAGUCAUCUUUGACUCUAAGUUUAUUUCGUAUCGUCGAAGCUGCCGAAGGAUCAAUUCUCAUUGACGGCGUUGACAUAUCUAAAAUUGGAUUGCAUACAUUGCGUAAUCGUCUCACAAUCAUUCCUCAGGACCCAGUAUUGUUUUCUGGUACAUUGAGAAUAAAUUUAGAUCCAACUAAUAGCAAUACAGACGCACAGCUGUGGAACGCCUUGGAACUUGCCCAUUUAAAAGCAUACGUUAUAGGGCUGUCUGGUGGUUUGGAUUAUGAAGUGUCUGAAGGAGGAGAAAAUCUUAGUGUCGGCCAAAGACAAUUGGUAUGUUUAGCUAGAGCGUUGUUAAAGAAGACAAAAAUAUUAGUAUUAGAUGAAGCGACGGCGGCAAUCGAUUUGGAAACAGACGAUCUCAUACAAAAAACCAUACGAACGGAAUUCAAGGACUGCACAAUACUAACGAUCGCUCAUCGUUUGAACACUAUUAUGGAUUCUGACAAGAUAAUUGUCUUGGAUAAUGGUUUCAURGUUGAAUAUGAUACACCUGCCAAUUUACUGCAAAACAAAUCGUCAGUUUUUCAUUUGAUGGCAAAGGACGCGGGUCUAACGCAAUAACGAUUUUCAGAAAAUGAUGGGUGUUGCACUUAGGUUUUUAUUUCCUGAACGUGAUUUUCUAAAAAAAAUGCCUUAAUAUCUUAACAGAUAACAAUUUUUUCUAAUGUUUUGUUGAUGUCUAAAAAUGCACCUGUAACUUAUAAGUUAUGGAUUCAUUUGUUGAUCUAAAUAUUUUAUUGUACUCGUGAUACAAAAUUGUAGCAUGUCAAUAUAAUUAUAUUUUACGAAAGGUCCAAUACCAUAAGUUAUCCAUACAUACWUAUUAAUUAUCUUAGUUCAUUGAACCAACAUAAUAUUCUGUUCAGUGUGGUGCAUUUCUAUUAACAAC